AGUGAAACUCAAGGAAGGUUUUGUUUCAUUUUAUUAUUAUUGUUCCGACCAAGAUUGUAAAAGUGACUUUUUUCUUUCCUUUUUUUAAACUUAAAAGUGCACGAUGUUCUUUUCGUAAAAGGCCGUUAUUAAUUUAAGAAAAAUCUUCACGCAGAAAUAUAGAAAAAAAGCCUAGGACAAAAUGGGCCGAAGAUCCAUAAACACCACCAAGAGUGGAAAAUACAUGAAUCCAACAGAUCAAGCCAGGAAGGAAGCGCGUAAAAAAGAGCUGAAAAAGAACAAGAAACAGAGGCAGCUCGUAAGGGCUGCUGUACUCAAGGGUAAAGAUCCAUUCUUGCUCAUUGGAGAAAUGGAGAAAAUAGACAAUAUGGAGUACAACGUUCUCCAGCCAUCACCGUUGAAUGAAAAAGUGCUCAAGGAUAAAAGACGGAAGCUUAGAGAGACGCUAGACAGGGUGUUAAAGAUGUAUAUAAAGGAGGAUCCUGAAAAAUGGGAGGAGCUCAAAAGAGCAGAAGCGGAGUAUGAGAAGCGGAGGAUGACGAUGGCCACAUAUUCUGAAGCUGUCAGACAUGCCCAACAAGUACAAGUCGACGACAUUCCAUUACCGUUGGCACAACUCCAUCCUGAGAACAUGAUGGCUCUCGGCCUCACAUCACAAAUUCCAUUGCCAGAUAUGCCCAUGAGCCUGCUUUUACCUCCGACGAGCAUCCUUAGAAAAAGAUCCGCAUAUAGCCCUCCAAGAACGAAAGCCCCACCAGGAGUCCCUCCAGGACCCCCACCUGAGCUUAGCAGCGAUGAAGAUGAAGAUGUUGCACCAGGGACUGAGGAGAAAGUAAGACCUAGGAUGAUCAGGUUUGCCGAUAAGGAUGAUUCAGACGGAGAAGACAUUUCUAAGAGGCAUGAUGAAGGGAAGAAGAACAAUGAGAGUACCAUACCUGUUCCAGCACCCUCAGGCCAGUUACCAAUCGGGCUACCACCAGCUCCGCCACCACUUGGAAAUCUCAUUGUUGGAAUACGACCUCCUGGUCCUCCUCCUGGCUUGCCACCUCGUCUCAUGGGAAUAAGAUUACCACCAGGACCACCACCAGGACUGCCGCCGAGGAUGAUGCCACCCAGACUGCCCAGUUCUAUACCGACGCCGAACGUCCUGAGUGCUGCACCGCAGCUCAUUAGAAAAGAUGGUCAAAUGAAAGGCCCGACCAUAGAGGCCAAGGCUCAGAUAAGGAAUCUUACGGCAGACGUGACGAGGUUCGUACCCACUGCGCUUCGCGUGAAGCGUAAUGACGACAAACCUCUCAGGAAACCAGAGCAGUCUCUCAAAGUGGACAUUCCAAAACCGCAGGCUACGAAGGACGACGCAUAUUCUCAAUUUAUGCGUGAAAUGGAGGGACUUCUAUAAAAACAAAUGGUUGUUUGUUUUAAUUUUUUUUUUCUUUUUGUGUACAUCAGUUUAAGAGAUGAAUUUAAACAGUGAACAUUGCAACUUUGUAAAUAUAAAAUGUUUAUUUGAU